AGACCUGAAGUGGUAGUGUGGCAGUACAGAGUAUAAGCAUGGCUAGAAUCAAAACAAAUCUCAUAUUUUAAAUAAAUUAUCUAAUGAUUUUAUGAAAUAAUGGCUUUAAAAGUAGCAGGAGAUGUAGUGCCAAAGGAUGCCGUGAUUUUAAGUGAAAAUGAUGCUGUUAGUUAUCAAUGGGAACAAAUAUUUAAAUGGCCAAAUAAAUCGGACGUAUGGGCUUUCCGUUAUGGUUUAGCAUCUGUUUCUGGAACGGCGGCAGUAUCCGCUGGAUAUAUUAUUCGGCACCAUAGAAGAAAAUUAAAAUUACGAGAAUAUGGAUAUUUAACUUCGAUGUUUGCCGUUAUGGUUGCUCCUGCAAUCGCAGCAGGUGUUGCUCAUGCAGAGUUUAUUACCAAUGAUCUUCUACUUUUUAAAACCCCGUGUCCCGUAUGUCUACAAACAAAAGCAGCUGCAGUACAAUUGGUUGCCGGAUUGAUGUAUCCUCUCAUUUUUUCUCCAUUAACUUGCACCGUGCUGGCAAUUCAAGGAGGAUUCAGAAUUCCUGCCCCACCUGGAAAGUUAAAUGCUUUGAAGAUGUGGUAUAAAUUUUCAAAACCCAUUGUUUUACCACUCACCAUAAUGAUUGGUUUGCAAAUUUUAUGUGCUACUAGUCUCACCUAUAUUGAGGCUAAACAAUUUUAUGAAUUGAACGAAAAAUUAUUAGCCGAAUCAGGAGAGAAAUCAGCUGCCGAUUGCACUACAUAGUACACAAGACAAUUUAUGAACAUGUAGCACACUUUGGGAGCAAGUUUUUCAAGUCUGAGAUCAUUACCAGGCUCGAACGUCCGGAUUAUUGAACAAAAUAAUCUUAGGGACAUUUAUCGAGCCGCUAAGACUAUCAAUAUGAUAAAAUUAUC